CAGGUCAUGGAUGCCCUUACGCAGACAGCGGCGACGCUCGGUACGGCUCUCAUCGCGCUGCAGGCCGGCCGAAAGGCGGGGCGCACAUUUCUCUCGCCUCGCGCAGUGCUGCUGUUCCUCACAUCACCCCUAGAUGCCGUGCAACGGAUCCUCAUGAUCCAAGCGCCAGAACAGGAGGAAAAGCCGUCGAGCGAAGAGCGAGCCGAAGAAGCAGCUGCAGUGGAUGAAGUCGAGGUGCCUCGCGUGGAGGAGUUACCAUCCAGUGGUCAGCCUGCAGCGCAAAGUGAAGCUGCUGUCCUAGAGCAGCAGCAUCUUCGACAAAAGGUUACGAAGAGAGCAGUCGCCGUUGCCUGCUUGUCGCUUGGGCCGCUCUUCUGGUUGGGCACAGCGCUUCUGUUGGCAUUCCGACAAGACGAGCGCUUUCGACAUGUCACUUUUCCCAUGCUACUCGCUCCGCCUGGCGCGAUCCUGCGCUGGUGGCUCGCUCUGCACCUUAACGCAAGUCGCCGGGCAAAAGUCGCCUGGCCGCGCUGGCCACUUGGCACGCUCGCAGCCAAUCUUGGAGCAACGCUCAUCCUUGCAGGCGUAUACACUGUACAGCACGUCAGCACAAUGCACUCGUCGAGCAACCCGCCAAACACAUCGGUGCUAAGCACGAGCACGCUGCUGGGAUGCCAGGCGCUCUACGCUGUGCAGGAAGGCUUCUGCGGCUGCCUCGGUACCAUCAGUACAUUCACCGUCGAGCUCGAGAUUCUGAAACCCUCAAGACGAGCGUUUGCUUAUCUCUUAUUCAGCUGGGCAACAGGUAUCAUCCUUUGCGUGCUGGUCGUAGGCGUGCCAACCUGGACGCUGCCCGAGUCCUCGGGAUAUGGGCGGCGUUGCCCCAAUCUGUCCUAUUGACAGGCGUAUGCACAGCACUUUCUUUGCACAGUCACACUUGUAUAUGAUGCAGUCCUAGAGCUCGGCAUUCAGAUGGCGUACCUUGGAAAUCUGUCGAUUCCUUUCGUUGGUCCCGUGUGUGGGACACAUUUGGGCAUCCAUCUAGGGCGAGCAAUCCACAUGCCGGGAUUUAAUUCAUCAUGAUUUAUUAUUCA